AUGAAAGAAAUAAUUAAUAAUUUUAAAGAAAUAAUAUCAAUACCAACAGUUGUAAAUUCAAAUUUCACAGGAUUUGAUGAAGAAACAGUUAAUGUUUCAAUUGCAUUAUCUCAAACUGAUUUCGAAAAUAAGAAAAAUAAAUUAUAUCAAAUAGAUAAAUCAAUUUUAUUUCAAUUAAAUGGGAACAAUAUAGAUAAAGUUAUUUCUUCACCAUUCCCAAUUGAAAUAACUACAACAAAUAUUUCAAUUUCAAAUUCAUUUUCAAAAAAAUUAAUAAUUAAAGAAAUUAACAAUACAGAAUUUGAAUAUCAUUUUGAUAUUAUUACAAAUAGCAAUAAUUUAAUUACCACAAUCAAAUCAAAAGAUAUACAUAGAAAAAUUUUAAAUGAUGAAUGGUUUGGAGGAUUUUCAUGGUCACCAUGUGAAAAUUUUAUAGCUUUUAUUGCAGAUAAUAAAAUAAAAAAUAGUUCAGGUUUCUUUGAAAAAGAUUUAAAAAAUAAAGAAAAUAUAGGUGAUCAAUAUUUAUAUAAGGAAAAUUUAGGUGAAACAUAUUCAAAUGUACAUAAUCCAACAAUUUUUAUAAUUGAUUUAAUAAAAGAAUCUGUUUAUCCAAUUGAACCAUUCCCAAUUGAUUCAAUAAUGGCAGGUCAAGUUAUUUGGGAACCAAAUGGAAAUGGAUUUUUAUUUUUAGGUUGGGAAAUUGGAAAAAGAAUUUAUGGAAUGAAAUUAUGUUUUAGUAGAAUUAAUUCAAUUUAUUAUUUUAAUUUUAAAAUUUUUUUACAAAUCGAAAGAAAUAAUAACAAUAAUAAAAAUUCAAAUGAUAAAUUUGCAUAUAUAAAAAAUUUAAUUAAUUCAAAUAAAAAAGUUAGUUUUAGAAGUUUAAGAUUUUCACCAGACGGUAAUAAUUUGGUUUUUAUUGGAUUUGACGAAUUAAUUCAUAAUCAUAAUUCAUGUUCAAAAUUAUUUUUAUUACCUUGGUCAAAAGAAAUUUCAUUACAACUUGGUGGUGCUGGUAGUGCUGGUGGCGCUGGUGGUGCUGGUGGUUAUAGUGAAAUAGAAUUUCAAACAUUGAUAGAUUAUAAAUUUUCAAAUGAUUUAGAAUCAUUUUAUGGAAUUUAUUGUAUGGGAGUUCCUAAAUGUACAUUUAUUAAUAAUGAAACCAUUAUUUUUUCAAAUUCAGUUGGAUCAAUUAAUAAAAUGAUUUCUUUUAAUAUUUUAACCAAAAAAUUAAAAUUUAUAGAAAGUAAAGGAAUUUUCGAAAGUAAUGAUCAAAAACAACAACAACAACUUUUAAAUUAUCAUAUUUACAGUGUUAUGAAAGGAAUGAUUUUAACAAGAGUUUCAUCAAUUAAUAAACCACCUUCAAUUUAUUUACUAAAAAUUGAUAAUAAUUUAAAUAUUAUUAAAUCAAUUGAAAUUUAUAAAUCACCAAUUAAAAAUCAAAAUUUAAUUUCAAGUGAAAUUUCAAUUCAUAAAGUCCCAAUUUCAUAUAAUAAUAGUAGUAAUGAUAAUAAUGAUUAUAGUAAUAUUAAAUCAUUUGAAUUAAUAUAUGUAAAAAAUAAUAAAAACAAUAAUUCCAAUGAGGAUAAUAAUAAUAAUAAUAAUAAUAAUAGUAUAAUAAAAAGACCAACAAUAUUAUUUAUUCAUGGCGGUCCACAUAUGAAUAUUACGAUUGAAUAUACAUAUCCAUUUGGAUAUUUACAAUCAUUAGGUUAUAAUAUAAUUAUACCAAAUUAUAGAGGAUCAAGUGGAUGUGGUAAAGAUUUUAUUGAUUGUUUACCAGGUAAAAUUGGUACACUUGAUAAAGAAGAUUGUUUAUCUUCUUUAAAUUAUUCAAUUGAAUUUAUUGAUAAACAAGGUAUUGAUAUUAAUAGAAUAUCAAUUAUUGGAGGUAGUCAUGGUGGUUAUUUAGCAACAUACCUAUCAAUUGAACCAUUAAUUAAAACAGUAAUUUUAAGAAAUCCAGUUAUUGAUAAUAGUUUUUUAGCUACAUUAACUGAUAUUCAAGAUUGGUGUUUGUUUAAAUGUGGUAUUGAUAAAAAUAAUCUAUAUAAUUCGUUACCAACAUUAAAAGAAUUGGAAAUCAUGAGAAAUUGUUCACCAAGUACUUGUUUUGAUCAAAUUAAAAUACCAAUUUUAUUAUUACUUGGAGAAAAAGAUAAAAGAGUUUAUAGUAAAUCACAAGGACUCUUAUUAUAUAAUAAUUUAAUUGAAAGAAAUAUAAAAACAAAAUGUUUAAUGUAUUUAAACGAAAGUCAUUCUUUAGAUAAUACAAUUGAUUCAAAAUUAGAUCAAUGGAUAAAUAUUGCUAAAUGGUUAAAUGAAAAUUGUUAG